AGAGUUUGCACACACAGACACAGACUCUCUCUGUCUCACAACAAUGGCGGCUCUGUCGGCUCACCUCACUCUAGCCAAGGAUCUGCAAUCUGGUUCCGAUAUCGGUUUCAGUAGAAAACUUUCGAAAUUCCCGUACUUCCCCAGAACGAAAGAUGGUUUGACCUCGAAAUCUAGGGCUUUCGAGAUAAAAAAACUACAAGUCUCUGCCACUAACGUAGAUAAACAGAGCAACGACAAUGCGCUACCUUUAACCGAUUCUGCAGCUUCAAGGGCGAGCUCUAAGGUAAAACGCCACACAAUUUCUGUAUUUGUUGGGGACGAAAGUGGAAUGAUAAAUCGAAUUGCUGGGGUCUUUGCUAGAAGGGGGUAUAACAUUGAGUCCCUUGCUGUUGGUUUAAACGAGGACAAGGCUCUCUUCACAAUAGUUGUCUCAGGAACCGAACGAGUAUUGCAACAAGUUGUGGAGCAGCUUAAUAAGCUUGUAAAUGUUAUAAAGGUGGAAGAUCUUUCACAAGAGCCACAGGUAGAACGUGAACUAAUGCUUAUAAAACUCAACGCUGAACCAAGCAACCGUGCAGAGAUAAAAUGGUUGGUGGAAAUCUUCAGGGCAAAGAUUGUGGAUAUUUCAGAACACUCAGUGACUGUUGAGGUGACUGGAGAUCCUGGAAAGAUGGUUGCUGUGCUAAAAAACUUUAGUAAGUUUGGGGUUAGAGAAAUUGCAAGAACUGGAAAGAUUGCUUUGAGGCGGGAAAAGAUAGGGGAAAGUGCUCCUUUUUGGAGAUUUUCUGCAGCUUCCUAUCCAGACCUUGAAAGUUCAAUGCCUGCAGAUGCUCUUGUUGGGGCCACCAAUAGAACACUCAAUGGAGACUCUGAUGUAUCUUCAGGGGGCGAUGUCUAUCCCGUGGAACCUUAUGAUGGCAGCUUUACAGUGAAUCAGGUUCUUGAUGCUCAUUGGGGUGUUCUUAAUGAUGAAGAUUCUAGUGGGCUUCGUUCGCACACCUUGUCUAUGCUUGUAAACGAUUGUCCCGGAGUUCUAAACCUUGUUACAGGAGUUUUUGCUCGUAGAGGGUAUAACAUACAGAGUCUUGCUGUUGGUUCUGCAGAAAAGGAAGGAACUUCACGGAUUACAACUGUUGUACCUGGCACUGAUGAGUCGAUUGGAAAACUGGUUCAACAACUGUAUAAGCUUGUUGACAUUCAUGAGGUUCAAGAUCUCACUCACUUGCCGUUUGCUGAGCGAGAACUGAUGCUGAUAAAAAUUGCUGUAAACACAGCUGCACGAAGGGAUGUUCUUGACAUUGCAAGCAUUUUCCGAGCCAGAGCUGUUGAUGUGUCUGAUCAUACGAUCACCCUUCAGCUUUCUGGAGAUUUGGAUAAGAUGGUUGCACUGCAGAGGUUGUUGGAACCGUAUGGCAUUUGCGAGGUUGCACGAACUGGGCGGGUAGCAUUGGUGCGUGAAUCAGGGGUGGAUUCCAAAUAUCUCCGAGGAUAUGCUCUUCCGUUGUAACCUUGUGGAGAGUUAGCUUUUUAUUUUCCCUUUUUUUUUUUUUUUGGGAUUUUAACUAAUGUGGUUUUGUUCGUUUAGUUCUUUUCAGUGAUCAGGGUAACCUUAACUUAUUCUGUGUUGCAGGAAUUCAUGAUGUAUCAGUCAGUGUUGAUGAAAUUUUAAAAAAUGUCUCAGCUGAA